AUGAUUUCAUCACCGAUAAUACAAACUGUUGAGACAACAACUGAUGAACAUCUUAAAAUAAAUGUCUACGAUGAUGCUGGAUAUUUACCAAUUCAUCGUGCAGCUUAUAAUGGACAUGAAUUAGUACUCAAGAAUAUUUUAGAAAAAGCUCAACGACGCGCUGAACUGCAAAUACAACUCGAAGCAACAACACAUGAUAUUAAUAAAUUAACUUCAUUACUUUUAGCAACAUCAGCUGGACGUUUAGAUAUUAUUGCUUAUCUUUUAACAUAUAUCCAGUAA